GGCACGACAGCGGGCACUGGGUCAUCAGGUACCGGAUCGUCUGGCUCGACAGCAGGCACCGGGUCAUCUGGCGCUGGAUCGUCUGGCUCGACAGCGGGCAUCGGGUCACAAGGCAUGACAGCGGGCACUGGGUCAUCAGGCAUUGGAUCGUCUGGCUCGACAGCGGGCAUCGGGUCACCAGGCAUGACAGUCGGCACCCGGGUCAUCAGGCAUGACAGCGGGCACUGGGUCAUCAGGCAUUGGGUCGUCUGGCUCGACAGCGGGCAUCGGGUCACCAGGCAU